ACUGGAUAUCACACCGAGACAGGUGAUCCUUUGUGAUCAGAGGUGUUGGGAAUCAAUAACCUGAGGGGGUGUGUCUUGUUAAACUGGUCCUGACUACAUUAUCAGCUAUCAUUUAGCUGUUUCUAAUCUCUAAUACUACAUAGCUGUUGCAAAGGGGGGAAUCAACUAGAACUUGAAGGCACAUAAUACUGGUAAAAGCCAGGAAGAUUCCUUCCUAGAUCGGGGUAGCGGUACCAUGUCCAGUCCAACUGAGGAUGUCCAGUGCAAAGUGGAUGCAAAGGAUGCAUACGACGAGCAGAACAUGUUUGAGAAUGGGAGGAUAAACUUGCAGAUCGGAGCCCCAGCAUACACCAUCCUCCAACAGUGUGCUCGCAUCAUGAGAGUGGCAACUGAACACAGAAUGAAAAGUGAAGAGAAGGAAGGCUUCCUGUUCCAGUAUGGCCCACGGAAUGGAGACAUAGCCUACAGGAAAGAGUUGGCCUCUUUCCUCACCAGGCAUUACAGAUAUCCAGUUGACAGUUCUUCCUUAGUGGUGACAGCAGGGGCAACACAAGGCCUGUUCAUGCUGGCUUCCCUGUUGUUCAACCGAGGAGAUGUAGUGUUUGUAGAGGACCCCACCUACUUCAUAGGCUUCCAGAUACUGAAGACAGACUUGGGAUUAAAGACAAUUUCAGUUCCUAUGGAUGAAGAAGGCAUUAAUGUGGACAUGCUGGAUGGACUGUUGGAAGAGCACAAGAAAUCCCCGACUGUCUGUGUCACAGAAGAUCGGCCCUUCUGGACCAUGCUGUACCUCAUCCCCACCUUUCACAACCCAACAGGACGCUGUCUCUCCCAACGUCGCUGCAGACAGCUUGUCCAGGUGGCCAGGAAGCACCACAUACUGGUGGUGUGUGAUGACGUGUAUAACACCCUGUGUUAUGAGAAGGACUCCCAGGGAAACUUUGUAACUCCUCCUCCUGCGCUCAUUUCAUUUGACCAAGAGACAGACCCUGGAUUCCAUGGUAACGUGGUAUCAAACGGCUCCUUCAGCAAAAUCCUGAGCCCCGGGCUGAGGCUGGGGUGGAUACAGGCACCGAAGAAGAUUCGGAGCUUAAUAAUGAACAGCUCGUACUGUGACAGUGGAGGUGCCUUCAAUAACUACACCUCAGGGAUCAUUGCCAGCGCCCUCCAACUCGGACUUGUUGAGCAGAACUUGGGCAAGAUCCAGGAGAUCUAUGCAAGAAACAUGAAUGCUGUUCACAAAAUCAUUAUAGAGGAAUGGCCGACAGGGGUUUCCUGCCUGUUGCCUAAGGGUGGUUUCUUCAUUUGGGUGGAGUUUCCUCAGGGUUUCAGCUGCACAGAACUGAAGAAAAUCUGCAUCAUGGACCACAAUGUGUCAUUCUAUGUGGGAAGCAUAUGUUCGCCUCAGGGACUGUUUGAGAACUGCCUGCGUGUGUGCUUCGCGCUGUACGACUUGGAGACUCUCACUGAUGCUGUGAGGAAGAUUGGACAGUGUGCAAGGCUGAUGAUGGAGACCACUUAGUAGUGCUUAGAAUGCUUUAGAGUCA